AUGGGCGACUUCCUGCGAUCCGUCUGGCUCGCCAAGGGGUCGCACAUGCUCGCCACCGCGCACACCGCCGGCGGCGGCGAUCCGCGCGCGCGCGACAAGGCCGCGGGGCUGCUGCGCGCGCGCUCGCUGCGGCGGCAGAAGUCCGCCGCGGCGCUUCCGCGCGCGCUGACUGCGCGGACCGUGGAGGACUUGUGGAAUGACAUUCAGGCGGAACUAGCGGGGGAGGGGGAAGCGGCGGAGGGGGGCGGAGCGUCAGUGGAAGGAACGCGCGGAAGGGGGAAGGGCAGCAAGCGCAGAGGCAAGGGCAGCAGCAAAAGCGGCAAAUGGGGAGAGCCGGGGGAUGGGGAGGAGGCGAGUUGCGGGGUGGGCAGCAGUGCGCGGAGAGAGGGGGAGGGGGGAGCCGCGGGCGGGGACAAGGGGGAGUUGGGGGGGCAACAGCGGGGCGGGGGGAAAGGCGGAGGUGGGGAAGCAUGGGACAACCAGGGGGGCAGGACGGGUGGGUGGGGAGCGUGGGGGCGAAUGGCCGCAGUGCUGACCCAACUCUUCCCCCAUUCCCCCCACUUUCCGCCACCUCCCCCCUCCGCCCUCUCCGCUGGCCCAUCCGCCUGCCGCCCCCCAAAGGGGCACUGGCAGCUGCAGCACAGGAGGCACGGCGUCGUCAUGCACACCCCCACCACAGGAUGCACUCGCUCAUCCACUCACACCCCACCCACGCGCCCUUCGCCCUCUGCUCUCAGCUGCUUGGGCCUGCAUCCAAGGGCCACUGACACACUGGCACGUCAGAGGAGAGCAAUAACAAGAGCACCAGUCGCAGCAGAAGCAACAGUCCCUUCUUCUGUCCGUCCCGCUCACUCUUCCUCACUCCCCUCCUCCCUCCCUCUUCUUCUGUUGCGGAUGGGGGCGAUGCUGAUGGCUGCUGUUGUUGGUGGUGCAGCAGGAACAGGUGGCGAGGGAGGGAGGUGGCGCCAAAGAGAGAUCAACGGGCAGGUGAUGGUGGGCAGGCGCUGCUGGGGCAGGUGA